AUGACAUCCUCUUUGCUUCCCUGCAAGGGGUGUACCUCCUGGAAGGGGCUCCUGCUCACAGCCUCCCUUUUAACCUGCUGGCACCUGUCCACCACUGCCGACGUCAUCAUUGAAUUAGUUCCACCUCAAGUUGUGGAAGGAGAAAAUGUCCUUCUCCUCGUCCACAAUCUUCCAAGGAAUCUUAUAGCCCUGGCCUGGUACAAAGGGACGACGACGAGUGUGAGCACAGAAAUUGUACUGUAUGCACUGAACACUGACGUAAGUGUGCCGGGGCCUGUACACAGCAGCAAAGAGAGCAUGUACAGGAACGGAUCUCUGCGGAUUGACAAUGUCACCCGGGGGGACACGGGAUACUACACCCUCCGAACCUUCAAUAGACAAGUAGAAAUGGUGUCAGUGACAUCUACCUACCUCCACGUCAACACCUUCCUUUGGAACUGCGGGCGCCUUGCCACCUCUGCCCAGCCCACUAUCGAGUCACUGCCGACCAUCAUUCCUGAAGGGGAACAGGUUGUUCUGCGUGUUCACAAUCUCCCAGAGAACAUUCACAGCUUUGUGUGGUUCAAAGGAAUGACUGUGUUCAAGGACCUUGAGAUUGGCCGAUACAUACUAGCCAGGAAAUCAGCUGUGUUGGGGCCUGCAUACAGCGGUAGAGAGAACUUAUUCAGCGAUGGAUCCCUAUUGUUCUACAGUGUCACUCAAAAGGAUGCUGGAUUCUACACCCUACGAGUUCUUGGUACAGAUAUGAAAAGUGAAGAAGCGCAUGUAGAAAUCCAGGUGGACACCUCUCUUUUCACCACUUCCCAAGUGUUCAGUGAUCCAGUGCCGAGGUAUGCUGCUGAAGGAGAAAGUGUUCUUCUGUUUGUUCAUAAUCUGCCAAAAGACGUUCAAGCCUUUUCCUGGUAUAAAUCAAUGUAUAAUAUGCCAUCCUUUAAAAUCGUGGAACACAACAGCCUCCGGAAUACCACCACCUGGGGGCAUAAAUACAGUGGACGAGGGAUGGUUUACCCCAGCGGAUCCCUGCUGCUCCAGGAUGUCACCCAAAGUGAUGCAAGGAUGUACACGCUAGAAGUUUUAAACAAAGAUCACAAAAUUGACAGAGCACAUGUUCAAUUUUAUGUGAACAAGCCUGUGACACAGCCUGUCGUGAAGAUCACUGACACUACAGUCAGAGGAAACAGAUCUGUGAUGUUCACCUGUGUGUCAUCUGACAUUGGAACCUCCAUCAGUUGGUUCUUCAAUAACCAGCAUCUGGAGCUCACAGAAAGGACGACACUGUCCCCAACAAAGUGCGGACUCAGAAUAGAUCAUGUCACGUCAGAGGAUGCAGGAGAGUAUCGGUGCUUUGUCACCAACCGACUAGGUGCAAAGUUCAGUUACCCAGUCAGGUGGCCGUGA